GGGAAGACGGAAGUCGCGUGCGCCGGGGAAGUUGGUUUAGUGGAGGCACAUUCGACCGGCAGGAUGAAAGUGAAAAUGUUGAGCCGGAACCCGGACCAUUAUGUCCGAGAAACCAAGCUGGACCUUCAAAAAGUUCCAAGAAACUAUGAUCCUGCAUUGCAUCCUUUUGAAGUUCCACGGGAAUAUACAAGAGCUCUAAAUGCUGUCAAACUGGAACGAGUAUUUGCAAAACCAUUUCUUGCUUCCCUUGAUGGUCACAGAGAUGGAGUAAAUUGCAUGGCAAAACAUCCAAAGAGUUUAUCUACUGUACUUUCUGGAGCCUGUGAUGGAGAGGUUAGAAUUUGGAACUUGACUAAACGAGAAUGCAUUCGUACGUUGCAAGCCCAUGAAGGUUUUGUAAGAGGAAUGUGUACUCACUACUGUGGAACUUCUUUCUUUACGGUUGGUGAUGACAAGACUGUGAAGCAGUGGAAAAUGGAUGGGCCAGAAUAUGGAGAAGAGGAGGAGCCUUUACAUACAAUAUUAGGAAAGACAGUAUUUACAGGAAUUGAUCAUCAUUGGAAAAAAGAUGUUUUUGCUACAUGUGGACAACAGGUGGACAUCUGGGAUGAACAAAGAACCAGUCCUAUUUGUUCAUUGACUUGGGGGUUUGACAGUAUAAGCAGUGUUAAAUUUAACCCAGUUGAGACUAAUAUCUUGGGAAGUUGUGCUUCUGACAGAAAUAUAGUGCUAUAUGAUAUGAGGCAAGCCACCCCUUUAAAGAAGGUCAUUUUGGAUAUGAGGACAAAUACACUUUGUUGGAAUCCAAUGGAAGCUUUUGUUUUCACUGCAGCAAAUGAAGAUUAUAACUUAUAUACAUUUGAUAUGCGUUCCCUUGAUGAACCUGUGAAAGUACAUAUGGAUCAUGUAUCUGCAGUCCUUGAUGUGGAUUACUCACCUACAGGGAAAGAAUUUGUGUCUGCUAGUUUUGACAAAUCUAUUCGAAUCUUCCCUGUAGACCAAAUUCAUAGCAGAGAAGUAUAUCACACAAAGAGAAUGCAGCAUGUUAUCUCUGUGAAAUGGACAUCUGACAACAAAUACAUUUUGUGUGGAUCAGAUGAAAUGAAUAUUCGACUCUGGAAAGCCAAUGCUUCUGAAAAAUUGGGUGUGCUUACAUCAAGAGAAAAGGCAGCCUUUAAUUAUAACCUGAAGUUGAAGGAGAAGUUCAAAUACCAUCCUCAGAUAAGUCGCAUAGCUCGACAUCGUCAUUUGCCUAAGACCAUCUAUGGCCAAAUUAAGGAGCAACGCAUCAUGAAACAAGCUCGUCAGCGGAAGGAAAUGAAUCGUAUCAAACAUAGCAAACCUGGGUCUAUACCAUUUGUGCCAGAGAAGAAGAAGCAUAUAGUGGCUGUUGUGAAAUAACAUUUGAGAUAUCUGCUGAUUUUUGAGAAUCACAUAACCCGGAACUGAGUAACAUCAUCAAACUCAAUGUAUUCCUGUUAUACAUGGGAAAAUUGAGACCUAGAGAAGUGUGAACUGACUUGUCUAGGUCAUGAAGUAACAGAACCAAGUUGUUUGGCAUCCUAGUCCAGUGCUGUUUCUACUAUACCAAACUAUCACUCAUUCUUAAAUUUGGAAAAGCAUCUCUAUUUGACUUUUUUUGUUGUUGGUAUAUGUCUGUUUUCAGAGUUAGUUGUCUUACCUUAAGACAGAACUUGUCUUUUUGAAAAUUUUUUUGUACAUUUUUCGACAAAUUUAUAGUACAUGUACUCUUGCAAAACGCAAUAAAUAUUAAUACUAAAAAAUGCUAGCAGAUAUUCAUUUUAUGUGCUACCUGAAAGCUAAAGACAACCAUUAGCAAAGUUCUUGACCAGCAUUAUGUUAAAGCACUGGUUUAUUAUUAAUUUGCAAGAAAAUGUCACCUAUUGAGUCACUGGCAUCACCACCUGCAACAACCUGUGGUUACCAUAGUGAUGUCUCACAGUGAAUUGUGCACAACAGAACAUGACUCAUUAAUUAAGGUCAUGAGCAAUUUCCUGCAAUUCAAAGCAAUUUCCUAAUUUAGAAUUUGGAGCACAACUUUAAUUACUUUAAGAUAAAAACUUUACUGAGCACAACCUGUUGAAAUUUGUAAAGAAAAACAUACAAUAAGCAAAGUUGUCAGGACAAAAUUGGGAAUAUAAUGAUCUAAAUCAGACACUGAAGAGAAUGGACUAUUUCUUAGAGGCUUAAAGUAUUCCUGAGAAGGAAGAAGAAUCCAGAAUGCUAUUCCACCAUCCAAAUUUUUUUUACAGAAAAGUAAAGCAAUUAAGAUGAGUUUAUCCCCCUGUACUCAGCUCCAUAAUAGCUAAUUCUUCAAUGCAGAGCAAAGCUUUCACCAAAUGCUUCCUGAUCAGCCUGAACCAGUGUAUGCAGUUUGGGAUUUGAAGAGCCAUCUCUGCAAUGGCCUGUCCCCAGGUUCAGCCUAAGCCCUGUUGUAUGAACUCCACCCAAUGUCUCCAAACUGGACAGUCCAAUUUUGUGUACCCUGGGACCCAACACAGCUCCAAGCUCUGUAUAACAUAGACAGCUUUACAUAUCAUGGGACUCUGGCUCUUGUUCAGAACUAUAGUACAUGACAUCUAGCACAAAAGUUAAGGAAACAGAAAAAUAAAAACUAAAAAUGGCAGACCUGA